AACAACUUAAGGCAGAAUUAAAGGCUAGGCGGCGGUUGAGAGGAGGGACCAAGGGUAGGGAUCGGUCCCUCCUCUAGCUACACAAUAUAGAUCUUCAGUAGGACAGACGAAUUUCUUGAUCCACUCUACGAUUCCUUCAUCUUCUGCACUAAGUGACGUUUAUUUUUACUUUAUUUAUUUAUUCUUUUUGAAGACAGACCCCUAGCUGCUGCCUCACAAAGGCAUCCAGUUCCCUGCGGCAGCGUCUCGCACACCCUCAACACAGACAGGAAGUCCUCCUUUCUAAUGUCUCCUAACUACUGAGGCUGACUUCACACUUCAGACCGCAAAGGCAUUGUCAGCUUCUCCGACUCGCGGAACAGAACGCGCUUCGUCCCAGAGAGGCGCGCAAUUAACCCAGGCUGGAAGGCUGUAUUUCGUGCACGCGUGCGUCCGCGCCUUCCUCCCCACCCCCGCGCUGCCAGUAGGUCAGGACCUCGCGUUCAUCUUCAAUCUACCCUAGCAAGUGCUAUACUCCCUUGUGGUCCCGCAGGCUCCCAAGGGUUCGCCUAUUUCGCAUCCCACCCCACCCCCCAGCCUACAGUCGAGUCCUGCAGCACAAACUUCCGGCAAUUACAGCAGGAGCAAGGAAAAUUGCAGCUACGCCGAGCGGGGAGCAGCUGAAGCGCAGAUUCACCACUAGGCUCCCGGCGCUGACACCGAUGUGGAAAGACGCGAGCUGGGGCACCGAGGGAUGAGGGGAACUCGGUGUCGAUGGGCCCUACCUACCUUCGGAAUACACCUCAAGCACCUGAAGGUAGUCGGAGCCCCCAGCAAUGGAUAAAUUCGUCAUUCGAACGCCUAGGAUCCAGAAUAGCCCGAAGAAGAAACUCGGGGAAAAGGUUUACAAGCAAGCCACGAUUGAGUCUUUGAAGAGAGUUGUGGUUAUAGAAGACAUAAAAAGAUGGAAAACUAUGUUGGAGCUUCCUGAUCAAACCAAAGAAAACCUCGUUGCUGCCUUACAAGAAUUAAAGAAGAAAAUACCCUCCAGGGAGGUGCUGAGCUCGACAAGGAUAGGUCAUGCUGUGAAUAAGAUGCGCAGGCACUCGGACCCAGAGGUGGCGGGUCUGGCCAAAGAAGUUUACACUGAGUGGAAGACUUUCAUUGAAAAACAUUUGGACAGACCUUCUAUUGAAGUCCGGAGUGAUCCAAAAACUGAGUCAUUUAGAAGAAAUGCCCAGAAAUUACUUUCCGAAGCCUUGGAAUUGAAGAUGGAUCACCUACUGGUUGAAAAUAUUGAGCGGGAAACGUUUCAUCUCUGCUCCCGGCUCAUUAACGGGCCCUACCGGAGGACCGUGCGCACUCUGGUCUUCACAUUAAAGCACCGAGCUGAGAUCCGGGAGCAGGUGAAGAGCGGGGCGCUGCCGGUCGGCACGUUUGUACAGACCCACAAAAAGUGACCCGAGGACGGGCCCAGCGCUGGGCCUCGCUCCACCAUUCAAAGACUCUUUUGAGUUUGGGUGAUGCGGAUGUUGGCUGUGCUGGAUAUUCCCAUGGUGCCAUUCCUUCAGACAGAAUGUGGGGAGCCCUGGGAGAUAGGCCUGUGGGAGCGGCUUCAUUAGCUGCCUUACGCUGGCGCUGCCUGACGGGACGAACAGGGCUGUCACUGGGAAGCGCCAUCCAGUUGCCAUCACCCAGCACAAUGGAAGGGUGACAGGUUUCACUGUGAGCUUGCCAAGGACACCUCUAAACUCCCCCAUGUCAGGCAGAUGAAGUUACCACUUUAUUUCGCCACCCUGCAGGUAACUGAAACUCAAUUACCGCUGCUCCUCACUCUGUUCCAUCCCCCUGAGUUUAGACAGCUCCAAUGCCUCUCAGAACUCCCCCGUCUGCUCUCUUUGCUCUACCCCAGGGGUGAGCCCACUGGAGCCUGCGACCAGCCCUGCUUGCCUUCGCUCACUUAUCUGAGCCUUUCAGCUCUCCCAGGAAGACCUUCGGGGAUGGGCUCCUGAGCCCCCAUGCUGAGGCUUCUAAUGAGGAGCUGGCCUGAAGCUUCCCUGCACCUCAGGGUUCAUUUGAAUACAGGCUCUGUUGAAGAUGCAUAAUGAAAUUUCUCUUGCAGUGACUUACUGCAGUAAGAAAAAAAUGCAUACGUGAAGAUUUUCAAUGAAAUACAUCUAUACAUGUCUGCUUGGAUGAUUAUGUAAAUAGCGCUUGCUCUUUAAAAAGUAAUAAUGAACUGAGAUGUACUAAACAAGAGGUAUAGUUUCCUCCUGAAUCACACUGCCGAGCUGAGCGGGACUGCUCCUGCACUAAUCCCAGCACUCAAGCACUGAGGCCAGUUUGGGCUAUGUAGUGAGUACCAAGCUAGUUGGAGCUACAUAACAAGACUGUGUCUCAAAAGGGGGUGGGGGAGGAGCUUGGAGCAGGGAAACAGAAAGAGUGUGGACAGAGUAAAUGGGUUAGAAAGGAUGCAGUUGGUAAAGCUAAUGGGACAAGAACUGGAGGGAGGCCAGGUUGGUGGCCCACAACUUUUAUCCUAGCACUUUGGAGGCAGAGGCAGGCCAGCCUGGUCUACACAGUGAAUUCCAAGAUAGCCUGGGCUACAUAGUGAGAUCCUGUCUCAAAACACACACAAACACAUACACAGAAUCUGAAAAGAAUAGCAAGACCCAAGGAAGGCUGUAAACUGAAGUGUGUGGAAGAAAGCAGGUUUCCAGGAUAAAGGGAAGGGGCAGAGGGAGGGUGAAGAAAAUGUUCAAAGGAAAGGGAUUGUUUGCAAAGCAAGGAUGGAAAGCCAGGGGCUGAUGGUGUCCACCUUGCAAGUGUUACUUGGUCUGGGGUGACUGGUGUGGGGCUUGUAGUACAACCCUGCUCAUUUCUCUUGCCCAGCUGGAUCUGUCAAGGAGUUGUGCUCUUGCUACCCCAGGGCAGGAUUGGGGGUGGGGUGCUGGCUUGUGGAGGGAGGGCCAAUGCUGCUCAAGCAGGGAAGUGAAGCUCGACCAUGGCUACUCUGGAGUCAGUAUGAAGUGAGCAGAACAGGAUGGGGGAAGGCUGCGGGGAGUGGUAGCCACGUGUUGGGGGGCGGCACCGUGUAGGAAGUGACCAUGGUGGACCCAGGCAGCUUCCCGCUUCCUGCUAAAACUUUGGGGGGAGAACUCUCUUCCCCAGAAGUGUUCCAACUCUUGUAUGACAGAAGCCCUCGGAUGAUCCUUGAUCAUUUCACACCAUUAUGCCUUCUGCAUAGGGUCUUACAUACAUUUUGGGGUGGGUUAAGGGUCUGACAGCAGAUGCUUUCUAUUGGCUUGGUCUGAGAUGUUAGGAAUGCCUCAUCUGCAUGUGGAAGGACUUGGGAUGCUGCACCUACGUGACCAGUCCUCUCCAAGGGGUGUUGUGGUCGCAUGGCAGGAGCCUGGUCUGGAACAGAUGAAGCACCUACUGUCCUCUGGUAUGAGGUGCUGUGGCUUCCGAACCCACUCAACCUUACCAAGUUUCCUGGCGUGGUCCAUUGUCCCAUAGAUAACCAUAAGUACAAUUUCUCUUCCUUUCAAAUAUUCUGCAGGUCUAGGUCUAUAGCUCAUGGCAGAGCACUUGCCUCGCUUGUGCAAGGCCCUGAGUUUGUUAGAUCCCCAGUGCCUUGUUUCCCUGGUCACCUUCACAGUUAUUUCCCGUGUUUGUUGUGAGGUGGGGUGGUCUUGUCACAUAGCCCACACAGGCCUGAAACUUGAGCUGCCCCUGCCUCAGCCUCUUAAAUGUUGGGAGGCUUUUUAAUUAAAUCUUACUUGUU